AUGAUUUCACGAGUUAAGCUAGUUAAGCAGAUUGUGCCAUCGGUUAGGCUGUCUAGAAUAUUGGUUAGGAGUAUGUCUGCGUCAAAGGGAAAACCUGAGCAAGCGAAGCUCUUAAAAGCUCGUAAGGCGGAGUCUGAUGAGUGUAAGUGGAUUGGUCUGGAGAAAUUAACCUAUCUGGAUCCAAAUGGUAACGAAAGAGAGUGGGAUAGUGCUGUCCGUUUAACGAGAGGCAAAGGAGAAGUCGACGGGAUUGGAAUUCUCGCCAUUCUAAAGUACAAAGAUGGUACUCCUGACGAGAUCCUGCUUCAGAAGCAAUUUAGGCCACCAGUUGAGGGUGUUUGCAUUGAAAUGCCAGCUGGAUUGAUUGACGAGGGCGAGAGUAUUGCCACGGCUGCCUUAAGAGAGUUGAAGGAAGAAACGGGAUAUGUGGGCAAGAUUGUGGCUCAAGGUCCCGUUGCGUUCAACGAUCCCGGCUUCACCAACACCAAUCUAUCGUUGGUUACUAUCGAGAUCGAUAUGAGUGCCGAAGAAAAUCUGGACCCGCAACCGAGCCUGGAGGACGGUGAGUUCAUAGAGUGUUUUAAAGUGCCACUGAAAGAUUUUGCAGACGAGAUGGCAGCUCUCGACAAGCAGGGAUAUAAACUGGAUGCGAGAGUUCAGAACGUCGCUCAAGGUAUCCAAUUAGCUAAAAUAUACAAUAUAUUUUAA